ACUGAGUCGGCGGGCUGUGCAGACUAAACUCAGAGUGACCCACAGAGGGAAUAAUCCAGAAUUCUCCACUGAAAAGAGGAUCUAAUAUUCAGAUUCAGGGUCUGCAGGGCGCCAUGAAGCUCGCGCGGUUCAUCAUGAAGAACGCAGCUCUGGCCAACGUGCCGAAGCACAUCGACCACUUCUCUAAAUUCUCUCCGUCGCCGUUAUCAAUGAAGCAGUUCCUGGACUUCGGCUCAGUAAACGCCUGUGAGAAAACCUCCUUCAGGUUCCUCAGACAGGAGCUGCCGGUCAGACUCUCCAACAUCAUGAAGGAGAUCAGACUGCUGCCCCCCUGCCUGCUCAGCACCCCCUCAGCUCAGCUCGUACACAGCUGGUAUGUCCAGAGUUUAAUGGAGAUCCUUGAGUUCCUGGACAGAAUGCCAGAGGAUCAGAAGGUUCUGCAGGAUUUCGUGGAGACCCUGGUGACCAUCAGGAACCGCCAUAACGAUGUGGUUCCCACUAUGGCUCAGGGUGUGAUUGAGUAUAAGGAGAUGUUUGGGCAGGAUCCCGUCACCAGCCAGAACAUUCAGUACUUUCUGGACCGUUUCUACAUGAGCCGUAUCUCCAUACGCAUGCUCAUCAACCAGCACACACUGAUAUUUGACCCCGCCUCCCAGCCGGCCCCCAGCGCCAUUGGCUGCAUCGACCCCAACUGCAGGGUCACCGAGGUCAUCCAAGAUGCGUAUGAAUGUGCGAGGAUGCUGUCUGAGCAGUAUUACCUGUGCUCACCUGAACUGGAGCUCAAAGAGCUAAAUGUGAACGGCGAAUCCGAGCCCAUUCACAUCUCCUACGUCCCCUCACACCUCUACCACGUGCUCUUCGAGCUCUUCAAGAACGCGAUGAGAGCCACUAUCGAGAACCAUGAGUCCAGCAGCACUUUACCGCCCAUCAGAGUCAUGGUAGCACUGGGAGGAGAGGACCUGUCAAUCAAGAUGAGUGACCGAGGGGGAGGAGUUCCUGCCAGGAAGAUCGAGCAGCUCUUCAGCUACAUGUACUCUACAGCUCCCCGACCGGAGAUCACCACACACCGCCGCACUCCACUGGCUGGGUUCGGUUAUGGUCUGCCGCUCUCUCGUCUGUACGUUCGAUACUUCCAGGGAGAUUUACAGCUCUACCCGCUGGAGGGAUUCGGUACUGACGCAGUCAUUCACCUAAAGGCUCUGUCCACAGACUCAGUGGAGAAGCUUCCUGUCUUUAAUCAAACAGCGGUACGUCACUAUACGUCCAGUCAUGAAGCCGAUGACUGGUCUGUUCCGAGGAAGGAACCGCUGGACUUGGCCAGAGACAGAGCGGCCAAGUGAAGAUCUAGACUGGACUGCUCCAGGAGAAAUCGGCAGCUGGGACCAGCGAGUGACCCUCUGAGGGUACUGCUGAGGGCAGUAAAGUGACCAAACUCAGACACUCAGCAAAAAACAGCUGCAGCUCUGAGUGAAUAAUCAGAACCUCAGCAGCUCCAGUGUUCUUUAGGCCCGCAGAACUGAGAGUCCAGAAACCUGAAACCCCAACCUGGAGUGGAGAACCUGCUGAGGACAGUGAAGACCACUGUGAGAAGGUUUGUGGACGUGUGUGUCCACAGCUCUGUAGAAAGAAGUGUUUAGAGAAGCAUGGACCACAGAAUGAGUUUUGAUGGGUGGGACCAGACAUUAGGCCCCGCCCAUCAUGUAACCAACUGCAGUGUUGCUAUUAAGAUGUUACAGUGCUUUUACAGAAUGCUAGAUUUUACUGCUGGAAAAUGUCUUGAUUGUUUAACUGCAAGUCGGCUCAGAUGGAAAUCACCAGUCGUAGAGACUGAGUCAGUAAAGUGUGUUAUUGGGUUUACUGUGAGACGAGCACAGCCAGCAGGUCUGGAGGUUUUGUCAAACCCUUAAUUUUCCAGACUAAGAUAAUUUGUAAUAAGCACCCGGCUAUUCCACCCUUUAAUGAAUGGAACCGUGAUGAUAUAAAGUUAGCUUAUAGGCCGGGCAGCGUAAUAUACCACUGUAUAUACACCGCCCCCCCCCAAACGACGACAAAAAGUCAGUGUAAGCUGACGUCUCUUAUAUACAAAACACAGUUCGCACAUCGGCAAUAUCAGUCAACACUGGGGUUCAGGGACACCGUUUACAGUUUCCCAUGAGUGCAAAGUAAUCAGGGAGAGUUUGGCGAGUAACAAACAUGGCUGAGACUCGGCGGUCUCAAGUUCAAAAGCCUGGUUGCUCACCACCUCGUCGGCUUCAAUAGCGGAGCAAGUCUGCGGUUAACUCUGUUGUCAGACUCUGUUUAGGGUCUGUUUGAUAACUUGUUCCAAUAAAAGUCACCUCAAACUGCAAAAGUCGUGCAAACGGUGAACAAAAAAUAGAGAAAACAGCUCCACAGGAGAAGUUUCCAACGCGUUUUCAGCAUGCCGGUCCUCUCUCCCGCCGCCAUGUCCUCCCUUCCUUGUUUUGUGUUUGCCUCCAUCCUCUGAUUGGCCAAUUGUCCCAUGACAUAGUGAAUGUGAAAGGGGUCAUAGGAAAAAAGCUCCAAAUUACCCCUUUUUAAUAGGUCAUUAAUUAUUAAUGUUCUUAUCUGUAUUUUAAAUCAGCAUUCAGUGUGCGCUUGUCACAAAUUUACUGGUCGUGUCCAACAGGAGUUUUACUCCCUGGUUACAUUUCAGUAACAAACACAAGACGACCUGACUUUAUCAACAUAUAAAAUGCAGAUAAUCUGUAAUAAAUACAACAGCAAACUCCAUGUAAUGAAGAGCUUCAGGGGUGUCUGAGUAUUAGAGCCAGGUGUGCUGGAUCUGAAGCCUCCAGGGCGGAAGAUGUCCAGGUCCAGGAUUGGGCCCCCUGCAGUCAGCAGUAGUUAUAUAAAGUACAGUUCAAUUCAAUUCAAUAAGCUUUAUUGGCAUGACCAUAUUCAGUUACAGUUUUGCCAAAGCAUCAUCAAAAAGGAACAAGAAAAAUUUAGAACAGAGUGUAUGAACUCUUAAUUCCAUUUGAUGUAAAAAUAAUUUUGAGAGAAUCACAUAAAAGAACAGUGAAAUAGUCAUUUGGAAUUAAGUUGUAAAGAAAAUUAAGAAGAAAAUAAAAUAAAUAAAUAAAUAAAUAAAUAAAUAAAUAAAUAAAUACAGUAUGUCACUACAAUAUGCUAAUGUCAGUGAGGUUAGAUUCUUAUAAUUAAAAGGUUUAUUAUUCAUAAUUAAAUCAUUCUGAAUGAGUCACUCUUCAGUUAUAGAUUUCAGAAAUGGACGUCUGGACCUGCUGGCAGCUCCUGGACAUUCAAGGUCUUCUCCUUUCUGUUAUCUGUCUGAAUAGAGGUGGAUUUUAUAAUGUGUUUUUGUCCCACAUUAAAAGCUUCUGUGGUCCAUGCAGAGCGAGGGGCGCUAACAGAGACGAUGAGAGGUCUGAGAGGAGAGUGUGAGGAGAUGGAAGUGGAGAACAGUGAAGUGUAAGUGAUCUGAGGAUGAUGAAGAGGAAGGAAAUCAUGUUGGAGAAGUGAAAGUGAUGAUGAGUAAAAGCUUAUCGAGGUCGUUUAAACCCUGAGCUGUGAUCUGCUUUAGUUCAUCUCUCCUGAACUACAGUCUCAGUUUGUUAUUGAUGGAUUUAUAAUGUUCUAAAUCACGUAAUUUCCUAUUCGAGGCUGAACGCUGCUUUUUCUUUUGUUUUGGUUUGUUUUUUCCUGAUCCAUCACUCUCCGAGUCUGAACGUGUGGGUUUCAGCCGGACGUUGAUGUGGUUUGCAGUGUCCAGUAGAAAUACAGUUAAACACUAACAGACUUGGACAUCAAGCCUCGUUAGCUGACAGUAUUAUCAGUGAAAGCUGAAGAGCGUCCAGCGCUUCACUCUCUAAUGUUUUAACUGAAUUAUGUUCUGAUUUCUGGAUGUACAUUUCUGCCAUAUUUUAUUUUUGUAUGACAGGUUUCACAAUAAAAUAUUUUGAGUAUAAA